ACCAGUAUGGCAUAUCUUGCGUUUUAGACAACCUGUGAUGUUCUCUCAGUCAGUGGUGCAUUGGACAUCUCAAGAUGCUGUCCAAGUACACCUUGAUCCUUUGCACAUACCAUUUUCACUUGAUGUGCUUGAAGAAGGAUCAGGCAUUGAUGCUGGUGGCACUAAUACAGUGGUGCGGUGCGAACUGAAGUCGGAGCGAGCAUGUCACCUCAAGUUACUCUGGAGAGUUCCAUGUUCGUCGCUGGGUCGCCUGCUGAAUGUGGUGACAGCGGCGGAUGUCCUGCUUCUCCACGGUGACACGCGAAGUUUCGGGCCCGGCGAACACAGCAUCGAGGCGGUGUACCAGGGGGAAGAGACCUUAGAGGAGCCCUCGUUGCCAAGGAGCCACUAUCCCCUGGUGGCCGUCGUCGAAAUCACCGCCGCGCCGGAAUCGCCCAGCAGUGUGGUGGCGCUGGUGGCAGUUAUUCACGUCAGGGACACCCACACCAGCAUGGCCACGUCGGUGCUGCACCGGUACGUGCGCCAGGCCGACGGCAGAGUCACCUUGCUACAGCCGCUGUACUCGUCGGCCGAGGAGGGCGGCUCGGAGCCGCUGGGCCUCUGCUCCGUCUGCCAGGAGGCGCCGGCCGCCGUCGUGCUGCUGCCCUGCCGGCACGGCUGCGUGUGCCGCGCCUGCUUCGCGCGCACGCCGACAUGUCCCCUGUGUCGUGGCUUCGUCGCACAAUACUUCACGAGAAGUCUUUGA